AUGCCACACGGCACGACGAAAAGACCCCAGGCCGAUCUCUCCGCCCGCACUGGCCUGCCCGCCGCCGUGUCAACAUGGGCGCGUCCGUUCGAGCGCGCAGCCAAUACCACCGUGCUCACUCCUAGUCCUGCCGAGCUCCAGCUCACCCGAACCUCCACCUCCCCCGAGGUGCCCACCAUGCCGCGCACUCAACUGGAGCUCGACCCUCGCGACAGUGGACCUGCGCCGGCGCCCGCCGGAGCUCCUGCGAAAGAAGUGGACCCACGCGCGUCCACCGAAGCUCGCCGCGACGCUCCCGACGCUGGCCAGUCGGCCGAGCAGCUGCAAAGGGGCCCUGUCCAGGCAGGCCACCAGCGCUUCGUUCUGACCGACAGCGUCGCCUUCAGGCAAGUCUCAUAUCUGGAAGAAGACCCCUCCACCGUCGUUCUCGACCGCCGCCGCGUUCUCGAAGGCUACGAAUGCUACAUUGUCGAGCAAUGGGCCUGCGCCCGCACGCAUCCCACCUUCGUCAUCACCACUUACACGGGCGAUCUGUCCCACAAAGUAGUUGUCGGGGUUCUCAGUGUCCCCACCGACGAGAAGAGCUGGUCAUUACGUCUCCGCAUCUACUUCAAGGCCCUCAACCAAUACCAUGCUCGUCCUCGAGAUACCCCUCUUGGCACCCUGAUGAUCACAAAUCUGAGCGUGUUCCCAUCCUCGUUGACUGUUAUCUCUGUUCCGGAUGGCGAUGUCCGAAAACACCGCGAGUCUUUUUUCGUAAACGAGAACCUGAAGAGACUGGGAUGCUCUGGCCGGGUUGGCAUCACGCUCGCUCCGCCAAGCGGCGCUACCGAAGCCAAGUUCCAGCAGCUUUAUCGCACGAGUGAGAAAAUCCCGCUUGCUGGAGCUGUCGUCGAGCUUGUGAAGCUAUGCCAGGUCGCGCUGGUUCUGUUUGGCAAGCUGGAGCCAGAGUAUGCCGACGGCUUGCUCUGCGACGUCACCGAGAGGGCUGUGAAUGACUGGUGGGUUGAGAUUGGAAACGAGUACUACAACAUAGAGCCCCACGACGGCAUCUUGGGCCCCACUACCGUAUCUGCUCUGCUCGGCACCUUGAUAGGAGCGCGUAACCGCCUCAAUGCAUACGGAGCCCCCAUCGCCAAAGACGUCUUUGACGUCGAAAACACGAAGCGAGGCAUCGCAUAUUUCCAGAAAUCCCAAAGACUGCAGAAAUCGCGCCGCCUGGAUCGCAAAACUCUAGGCCUACUGCACCGCGCGACCGCCAAGACUGCGAGUGGCGAAGGCUGGACCGUGCCAAAAGCUGUGAAAUCCACCGUCGCCGAACUCAGUGGCAAGGGUGGAGAAAUGGUCAUGGACAUUGUCGGUGGCAGAGACAAGGCUGGCAUUGCCGAGGUGGAGACGGUUGACAUCGAGAGAUUCGUCCAACUGAUCCACGGAGAGCGGUCUAAGUGGCUGUGGUAUGGGAAACCAAGGAAGCACCACGGUAACAUGUUCAGCAGACUUCCUGAAGAGGAUACCAAAGCACAUCGCAGAGAGUUCAAGGAUGAAGACGACCCAGUACCUGCGAUGGUUCAACGAAGAGAGUCUACCGCCGAGGCUCCCAGACUAUGGAAACGAGAUACAGCGGCUUCUGUUGACAAAGACUCUCCCGAGGACAAAGAGUCACGGAUCAAAAGAGCCACAGGGAAACUUGGUGAUGCUCGUAGUGGGAUUGGAGGACGGCUCAAGGACGUGGUCGGGUUGCGUAGCCAUCAGCACAAGCACCCCAAAGUCGAAAAUGACCCCAUGGUUGUUCCAAGCAACAACAGAAGCACGAGUCUCUUACGUCAGGCCAGCACCAGAGAGGACCGCGCGACCUACCCACCUGAACCGAGUCCACGAGCCUCAGCGGACAUGUCAAGCGCAGCUGAAGACACGGCGAUGGACCGCCCGAAGCAACCGCAGGGACAAUUCACAAAAGUUCUUUCAGAGACGCCUAUGGACUCACAAUUAAAGGUCUUUGAUAGUCGGGACAGUCUGCCUGCCGGUGACGAACAGCCGGAACUUGGUGCAAUCCUGACAAACGAAGGCACAGCGCUAUCGCGGACGGAUACGGCCGAAGGGUCCAUCGCAGGGUCCAUCUACCGCGGAAUUGACUUGGAUGAGUUGUUUGAAGCCAACGUGCAGUUCGAGCCGGGCCCGCUUUUGCGCCGCACCAACAGCUUUUCUCAAUUGGUCAUUCGCCGCAGCUACGAGAACCGAUCCGAAGAGCGCUGGCCCCGCCGGCUUUCUCUUAGCAUUGCGGAAGAGAGCCUCUUCCGGUGGCAGAGUGUCACGCAGGACUUGGAAGAUGACGAGUCUGCUAACACGGAUCCAAGGAAGCAGCUAGCAUGUGAACUGCUUGCCGCUGAAGAAUCGCGGCUCAACGGGGAGCGCCUUGGACGAAUGGGUAAUGUGGUCAACACAUGGGUUGAGGGCACCCUCAGCCACGUGAAAGAGUUGAAUGUCAUGGCAGAGCGCGACCAGCAAGAGCUUGAAGAGAUGUACUAUCCGCGACUGGACGAAUACAACUCGCUUCGAGAGGAAUCGAAAGAAAUGCUCGCACAAGAGCGCGCAGCACUGCAUGAAGGCAUCAAAGACAUCGAAACCCUUGGAGCGAAACUCGAAUACGAAGUCAACGCUCUGCGAGGAAAAGUAGAAGACGUCGAAGAUGGCGUUGCGGAAUUCGAGAAGCAGGUUCUCGUGGUUGAAGACAUGGUGCAGUUGCUUGAAGACGAGUGCCGACCAAGAGAAGGGUGGCUGGGCUGGAUAUAUAGACGCGUGACCGGCAGCGGGGAAAAACGAAAGGCGGAGACGUAA